UUUCUUUAUCACAGCUUCCAAAAAUUAUUAUUACCUCACACACACUCUCUUCCAUUUGCUUCCAACUUUCGGUAUAAUUAUAUUUUUUUUCCUCUUUCACUUUCUCCGCUUCUUCAAUUUGUUCUCUUUUUUUUUUUAAGGACCCUCUCAUUCUUAUUUUCUUCAUCUUCUUCUUCUCAUUUUCUUUUAUUGCACUUCCAAAAUGGAUUAAAUCGCCGUGCAGUUGGACGAUCGGUGGCAGCAAACCACAUACAAACUGAUGAAUAUUGACCGUCGGAAACCGAUAUGUCGGUGAUGGACGCCUAUUUUUGCCCGAAGCCCGCUCGGAUCACCCUUAGUGAAUGGGAAGAAUAUUGAAUGGAAGAGCCCUUUUGGAGAGGCUACAGAAACAUAGCUUAUAAUAAUGGUGGGUUUAGUUGUAGUGGGUGUUACGGGAAAGUGAAGAGAAAUUGGAAUAGGAAUCAACAGUCGAUUAAAGCUGGAAGAAGGGUAUUUCAAGGGAUUGAGCCUGGAUUCUCAAUCGAAUCAUCGUCGUCGUCAUCUUCAACGGCGGUAUCGGAGUCGGGUUAUAAACUUCAGUCAUACUGGGGAAGAAGAUGAAGAAGAUGGUGAAGCAAACCUUCAGUAUUUAUAUACGACUUUAGACGACUCACGUGAAACUAAGAAGCGUUCUUAUUUUCCGCCGGUGUCGGAUUCAUCUCUCGUUGGGUGGAGCUUUCAAGAUGAAGGUAAAAUGGGAGAGUUCAGUAAUCAACGCCCGGCGAAAUCAGCAAAACCGGGAAUAAGAACCGGAGGUGAUGGAGGUGGGAGUGAAAUCGUGGAGGUUCAAGGAGGCCGUGUUGUUCGUUCGAUUGGAAGAAAAGAUCGUCACAGUAAAGUUUGCACGGCGAAAGGACCGAGGGAUCGUCGUGUUAGACUCUCCGCCCACACUGCCAUCGAGUUUUACGACGUGCAGGACCGCCUUGGCUAUGACCGGCCUAGUAAGGCCGUCGAUUGGCUUAUCAAGAAGGCUAAACCCGCUAUAGACAAGCUUCGAGAGCUUCCCGGAUGGAAUCCAAAUGUUUUGGAUAUGAGUACCCAAAAAUUGACAAAGCAGGCAGAGAAGAAUAGCGAAAAUAAAAUUCCAGUUUCUAUUCACCCGUCGGAGGAAAGUGCCACUAGAAUCAGUAAUCGAAGAGCAAAUUUUAUGGUCGGUGACGGCGGAAUUUCCAAAUGUACUAUGCAAAAUUUGCAGAAUAUUUCGACAGAGGAUAACCAUAAUAGCGACAACUCCAACUUUCUUCCACCAUCUUUUGAUUCGGAUUCGAUUGUCGAUACCUUCAAAUCGUUUUUACCGGUGACUACGGCGGCAGCGGCAGAGACUCCGUCGUCGAUUUUUGAGUUUGACACGUUCCCUCCGGAUUUACUUUCCAGAACCAGUAGCCGAACGCAAGAUCUAAGGCUCUCCUUGCAGUCUCUUCAAGGCCCAACAUCGAAGCUUGAAUCCGAACAAACUCAGCAAAACGACCAUCUCUAUUUCUCUGGAACAACACCAUUAGGUUGCUUCGACGGAUGGUCGGAGCAGCAACCCCCACCGACCAUGGAAAUCAGUCGAUUCCAGAGGAUAUUGCAAUGGAGCACAGUGAGUGCAGAUCAUAGUGGAGGCGGAGAUGGCAAAGCUGGAGGUGUGGAUGGAGAAUUCUUAUACAACUCGCAACCAACAAGCUCAAUUUUUCCUCCACCAUCUCCGCCGUUGCCAAUUCUGCAACCGCUAUUUGGAGAAAACCAGUUGGUUUCUCAGAGGGGACCCCUUCAGUCCAGUUACACGCCCUCGAUUCGCGCUUGGAUAGACCCGUCAAUCGCCUUCAUGGAUAAUCAGCAGCAGCUAAGUCCACCGUCGAUCUACCAAUCUUCUUUUUCGGGUCUUGGAUUCGCCACCGGUGGAUUCUCCAAGUUUCUGAUUCCGACGCGAAUCGCAGGUGAAGAGGAACAUGAUGGUAUUUCUGAAAAGCCAUCCUCUGCUUCCUCCAACUCCCGCCAUUGAAUCUGCUUAAACAGCGGCUUAAGUCUCUCUCCCUAUUUUUUCUUUACUCGCAGGACUUGUUCAUCGUUAACUAACAAAGUCAGUGAAUAAGCUGCUUUCCCAUUGAUGGCUUGUUUGCAGGGAGCAGAAUUUGGGUCGCUUUCUCAAUGGCUUACUUUGUGGGAAGAAGAAGAAUCCUAAAACUAUAUCAUCAGGUUUCUUCAUUCCCCAGUUAUCUUUCUUUCUGUUUAUGUUUUGGUUUUUCUUUUUCCUGUUUGAAAGCUUGCCUAUAUCUAUCUCCAUUUCAGAGGUUUCUAUGCUAUGGAGUAGUAUCUGUUUUUUUUUUUUCAGUGUCUUUAAUUUAAUGGUGUAUUUUAAUGGCAAAGACACUGAAUCUAUCUAAUCUUGCACAACAUUCUAGUCUUCGUUGUAAUAAUGGAAAAUCCACUGCCUUUUCAUUGAUUUCACCUA